AUGGAGGCACUGGAAUUUGUAAUGUCCGUGGAAUUCUGGAGAAUGGCGGUGCUCUGGACAUUCUGUCUCCUCAUCUCUUACUGGAAGCUCAUUGCUUCAAAUUCUUGUCCUUCCAAACCACCACCUUCACCUUCAGCAUUUGGACAUAGGCCUCUCUGCAUUAUCACUGGUGCAACGUCUGGAUUGGGUGCUGCUGCUGCCCAUGCUCUCUCCGCCCAAGGUUUCUUCGUGGUUCUUGUUGGACGCACAUCCCACUCGUUAGCAAAGACGAUGAUGGACAUCAAAACUCAGAAUAAGAAUGCACAUCUCAAAGCAUUUCAGGUUGAUCUCUCAUCGUUCGACUCAAUUCUCCAGUUCAAAGCCUCCCUACAGAAGUGGCUUUCUGACUCAGAGAUGCACUCUUCCAUCCAACUCCUUAUAAACAAUGCCGGGAUACUCGCAACUUCUUCCAGACUCACUUGUCAAGGCUACGAUCAGAUGAUGGCUACAAAUUACUUAGGUGCAUUCUCUCUGACCAAACUAUUAUUACCACUUCUCAGAAACAGUCCAAUUCCUUCCCGUAUAGUGAAUGUAACGUCCUUCACACACCGAAGUGUUUUGAAUGUACAGGUUAACAAGGACAUUGUAUCUGGGAAGUGCUUCGGCAGAUCAAAACGGUACCCAUAUGCUCAUGUCUAUGAGUAUACCAAACUAUUCCUGCUGCUCUUCUCCUAUGAGCUUCACCGGCAACUUGGCUUGAUGGAUAUUUCUCGUCAGGUCUCUGUCAUUGCUGUGGAUCCCGGAGUUGUGGAAACCAAUAUCAUGCGAGAAGUUCCCUCAUGCCUAUCCAGUCUGGCUUUCAUAGUUUUGAAACUUCUGGGCCUGUUGCAGUCACCUGAAAUUGGGGUUAGCUCCAUUCUUGAUGCAGCACUUGCCCCACCAGAAACAUCUGGCGUAUACUAUUUUGGUGGAAAGGGUGGGACCGUGAACUCCUCCGUGCUUUCAUAUGAUGCCAAACUUGCCAAGGAACUUUGGAAUGCAUCAAGUGAUCUAUUUUUAGAGUCAGAGCUUGCUUCCAAGGAAACCAUUUCUGCAUCAAAUGGUAUAUCAUAG